CUGUCUCUUUCACGCGCACACAGGCUGUAUACGUACAACUGAAACCCGAGAAGCCGUCGGCCAAAAAAGCGAGGAAACGCUGCCUUUGUUUUACGGUUUCUCACCUAUACUCUUUGGUAUCAGUGUCGUUCACCUGUCAUGUUUGGGAGCGCAGUGGCUCAAAUCUGUCGGACCUUAUUUUCAGAACAAAUUAAGAUUAAGCAUGUUGUUCAAAGUAACGCCAUAGGGAUCGUCACCUCGAGUCGGAGGGGCCUGAUGAUGACCAGGGGCUUGUAAAAACGAAGCGAGGUCUGAGUCUCCUCAGCACCGCACCGAACAGCCAAUCAGAGCACGUCUCCUCGGCGGACCUUCAUGGGGGCCAGUCGCAGUUAGGCGGUGUUGCCUGUACUAUUUUUUGACAAUUAUGAAAGGAUUCGGCGACAGUGGUAUCCAGACGGAUGAAACUUUAGAAAAUACCUUAAAAUAAUUCUUUUUUUUUUUUUUAUCCUCUAUCAUUUGCAUCGUACUGAUGUUCACAGCAUAGUUGAACCAUUGUUGAAUGUGAUGGAACGCGUUCGACUCCCAGAAAGCCAACAGCUCAAGUCAGAUCUGCAUCAGCACUGUUAAUACACGGUGGUUUAAAUCUGCCUCUGCAUUGAUGGGACUUGAUCUUGCCCUUAUCUAAUUCUCAAGCGUACAAUACGACAUGGGGGCUAUCCAGUGAACACCAUUGAUGUAGGGUACAGUGCGCACGCUUUUCCACCACUUGUUCUCCAGCAUCAAUCCCAGAAGCAACGCACAGUGGAUACAACCGAUACAUUCCAGCUCCCAUUAUCGCCAUGUAACAUUAGGACGCUCCUCGGGAAAAACAGGACGAUAAUUUACAGGCAACAAAAGUGUUUUCUCCAAGAUUAGUCAGUCUGAGAACUGCUGCUUUGUACGUUUCAUUGUCUCUCCCAGAUGAACUCCUUGCAGAAGGUUAGAGGAACAACCAAGUGAAACAAGUGGAUCCAUCAGCACUUUCAACACUUUGUCUCCCCCAGUCGUGCCUACAUUCUCUGCAACAGAUAGGGCCGUUUUGAUAAUUAUAUGUAAUUAUAAUUUCUGUGGGAGACAGAUCUGCCUCUCUCUGCUAUUGCCAACACCUCCAACACAAUAACCUCACACAUUUACAUAUUUCUCAACAAAAACUGAUAUUCUUUAAACAGCAGCAACCAAUCAGAAAUUGCACAUGUAAAUUGCUAUACAAUUCUUUUUUUAAUUUGAACCGCAUACAACAGGAUUAAAACUGCCAAAUUUACCUUAAGUUAAGUGCAUUCAAGAUUUCCCUUAAUUCUCAAGCAAUCCAUUUAUCCUUUUUCCAAUCAUAAACUAGAAUUUAUUUUGAGAUUCUUAUAUAAAAACCCAUAGGGCAGUCAUUCAUGUGUAUAUAAUUUGUGCCAACAGAAAUUAACCAUGAGGAUAACCCCCCUAUAUUAGAUAACCAAGGCCUCAUCCCAGGUAGGUCUUUAGAUCAGUCCUUCUUCCUUUUAUAGGGAAGGGGGAAGUUAUAUGCGUGAAAUGCUUAUUUUAACACUGUUUCAAAGAAAAAACAGAACUAAAGAUAUAAUAUCUUUUUCAAAACCAAUCGGCUAAUUGGUAGGUAAGAGCCAAAUCUGAAUGUGAAUCUGAAAUAAAAUCAACCAUGAUCAGAGACCACAGAUAAAAUUGUUUACAUUUUUACAAAAAUCCUCUUAAAACGCCCUCGCCCGUGCUUAACAAGUGCUACAAUCAGGGGUUGUGGCAUAUAGGAUUGUCCUAUUCCCCUGAACACAGUAUCCUCUGCCCGCUGUUUGCUUUAUUGAUUAAAGUACAUACCACGGCACAGCAGAUAUUGCUUUUGUUCCGGCAAGGUAAAGCAUACUGCACUGUGAGCCACCUAGAACAAGCAUGAGAGGCCUGUUUCUUUCCCUAUCUUUGACAUCACGUCUCUUUGAUAGUCGUAGGGAGAGGGACGUGGCAGCCUAGGGAAAAGAAGGACCUGAUGUAUCAAAGCUUGGUUCCAGUGGUAAAAGGAAACUGUAAAUACCUGUCGCUAGUUAUUGACAUCCUAAACGGAGGUUACUCUGAAAACAGUUCUUCCUCUACAGUAGGCUAUUUAAUUGAUUUAAAUAGCACUCAAGCAACCAUUAAUAUAUUUACAUUAAUAACAUUAUUAUGAAUACGAUUUCCACCCGACAAUAUCAUUGAUCGAAAAUGUUUUUGACAUUAAUUGACGGCAAGUCCAACAUUCCACUGAAAUGUUCCACAUCCUAUUUUAUUGGUUGCACAGGAAAGGCAAACACAGUGUUGUAACCACAUUGAAUCAUAGACAAAAUAGAGCUCUUAGUCAUGUAAAGAUGACACCCACCACGGAUCGCAGAUUCCUCGCCGUCUCCCUGCUUCUCCUCCUGACUGCCCAACUGACCUCCGCCAAGGAGCCUUCCCCACCUCCCUCUCCCCGGGACGCCAACUUCCUCAAAAGGCUGUUGACCGAGAGGCCAAAGCCCGCCCCGAGCCCCCCAGGCCGCCCCAUCGACAUCCAGGCGAACCCGCAGCCAGCAGGGCUCCGGAGCUGGAGCCAACCGGUGGAUGAACUCCCAGAGAGAGUUCUGGAGACGCCCCCCAGACCCCUGCCCCAGGUCAUGUUCACCAAGAACGGCACCGCAGCGGAUGCCCUGGCCCCCCCCUUGGGUGCGGCCCAGGUGGCGCCCCCUCCGCGGCGGCUGGUGGACGUGGACGUGUGCCAGGGUUACUAUGACGUCAUGGGCCAGUUCGACAGUGCCUUCAACUGCUCCAAGGACACGUACAUCUACUGCUGCGGGAGCUGCCACUUCCGCUUCUGCUGCCCGGAGCGCGGGCAGCAGCUGGAGCAGCACUUGUGCAAGAACUACGACUCCCCGGACUGGGCCAAGACCCCGGCCAUCGACAUCAGCUCCGUGGUGGAUCCCAUGGGGACCAUUGAUCCAUUAAGGAUGCAAAGCCACAACACAGGCUUUGUCAUUGGUGGCGUUGUGGUGUUUAUGGUGGCCGUUGCCGUGGGGAUCAAGGUUGUGUUCAACAAGGUGCAGCAGGAGGCUAACCACAGAGACCUGAACAUGCCCAGAGCCUUGGUUGACAUGCUGCGCCACCAGUCCAGCCCUGUGCAGCAGGACGAGAGGAACAACAGCAUGGCGCUGACGGUGGCAGACGGACAGGGGGGCGGGACCCUGGGACGCCCCCCGAAGAACCACUAUGCCCCCGGCGGACUGCCCAGCAAGGAUAACAGAUUGGGCAAUCUGCAGCACAAUUUCAUCCAUUCAUCAGGCUCCAGCCCCAAACACAGCGCCACCAUUGAGCGCACCCCGCGGAUGAACAACGCUCAGCUGGCAGCUGGAGGGACGCUGCUCUCCAGCAAGCACAACAACACCAAGUCCCAGCCCUCCUUCCACCACUCCCUGCACAACCUGGCCCAGCUCCCCCCGUCCUACGAGAGCGCCACCAAGCCCGAGCUCAACCGCUACUCCUCUCUGAAGCGCCUGGAGAAAGGUCUGGAUGAGUACUCCUCUGGUUACUGCACCACCAAGCGCCGACCUCAUACUGCACAGCCCGCCUUGCAGUCCUCCCAGCACCACCUCCACUGGGGCGGGGACUACACCCUCAGUGGCAGGGGAACCCUCCCGAGGCACGCCACCCGCCCCUGGAUCCCCCCCGCCGGCAUGCCUACCUCGCCCACCCCCAACCCGUACCCCCUCGACCCGCCGGAGCCCCAGUACAACCCCAACUACGACACCCUCUCCAAGCCCACGAGGAAGGUCAAGUCCCAGGACCAGCUGCUCAACAUGGGCGACGUGCCCGGGAACACAGGCACCCUGUCGCGCCUCUCCAAGAACCAACAGCACCAGUACUACAAAGCCAUGGCCGCCGCUGCUUCCAACAAAAACUCAAACACCCAGACCCUCACGCGUAAGACCCAGGAGAGGCAGGAGAGGCAGGAGAGACAGGAGCGGCAGGAGAGACAGGACCGACAGGAGAGGCUGCUGAUGUCCCCGGACCACCUGGAGGAGAGGAUGGGAGUGGGGGUGGUGGAUCCCUACGCCCACGGAGGAGGAGGCGGGAUGGUGCCCACUCUACCCCGGCUGACACCCCAGCAGAAGGCCCAGUCCCAGCAAAAUGUCUGCGCCACCCCCUCACUCGACCGCCAUCACAUGAUCAAGAUGAACUCUCACCCCACAUCCGGCCGGGAGCAGGAGAGGAACCCGGGCACGACCGGCCACAUGAGCGGGGGCAUGGGCUGGGCGGGUGAGAUGCCCGGUGCCGGGGUCGUCAUGGGAACGGGGACACUGGGGGGGCACACUGCUAGAAGGAUGGCUUUUGCCACAAAGAGGCAGAACACAAUUGAGCAGUUACAUUUUAUACCAGGAGGGGGCGGUGGAGGCUCAGGAGGGGGGAGUGGAGGAAGCAGCCAGGGAAUUAGGACAGGAAGUAAAAAUGAGGUGACCGUGUAAGGUUCUUGGCCUGCAGUUUCACCGCACAUAAUCUUUGGGAAUAGGUGUCCCCUCUGCACAAUAUUACAUAAUAUUAUUAUCAAAUAUAAUCUAGAUUAUUUGGAAACCCAUAGUUUAGUUUAGAGUAAUAUAAUAAAGUGGGAAGCUGAGGGCUUGAGUAGUGUUUAGACUUUUUAAAUUGAUAUCGUUACCUGGUAAUUAGAUAGCGUCAAUACAAUUACUUAUCAAGUUAAUCAUAGUAGAGAGUAUCUGGUCAAAUUUUUGUUAUGUGAUUCUCUCAUCAGCCAUAUUUUCAUAACACAAUUUGCCAUAUACAUUGAUGCCAUGACAUUAAAAAGACUACAAGAACAGACAAAAAAACACAAGAACGAAAGUUUUCAUAACUUUUUUUAUGUCUUUCAAAAAAGAACUCAGGAGCCAUAUUAGAUAGGAAGUGAGACGCUGGGAUGACAGCAGUGAGAAGAGGAGGCACGGAAGGAAUUUUUAAUGAAGCAUUUAAUGAAGAACUGAAUCAAUUACCGACCGGAUUUUGUGACCUUCUAAGUACUUGCCAACCGUGAUUUCCAAACUCAAGCCCAUGGAUCCAUAGCCUUGUGGACCAGAUGAAUUCAGAUGAACUGGACAUGGGGUCGGGGGGGGGGGGGGGGUCGACCGGUUCUGCCUCAGAUUGACAGAACCGGUUAUUCCUCACACAAGGAAGACAGAUUUUGUUGUGGUUGUUGUUAUUGUUGCUCUGAGGUCGUAGAGGUGGGUGGUUUCGGAAUGCACGCUUUGUUCACUUCUGGACACAAAGAUUCCUGGAAGUAAUCGGCUGUCAUGAAUUGCCCAGUUCAACUGCUGGGGUAACCCUCACUCAACACACAUCAGCUGCCUGGGUUGCCUAACUUUCCAUGUGUCCUUAUAGAUCAUUCAACCAGGAGAAAGAGAGUAAACCUCAACAAUGAUCACCGUUCUAGUUGACAAUUAUCAUGCGCUAGAGGAUUCCGUUUCCUUCUGACACAUAUAUAUAUAUAUAUAUAUAUUAAUAUAUAUAUCAAUAUAUCGUUUGCGUUAGCCAAGAGAUAGAUAGAAAGUAUAGCAUAACACAGACGUUUCUAUCAAGUUUACUGAUUUUAAAUCAAAGGCCGGCUUACUUUAAUGUAGGCUGCGCAGGCGAGCACAUGUUUUCUCUCACAGAGCACAAAUGAAUAGACACUGAUGCAGGGGUUGCACUUACACAACUUGUCUUUCAAAGCCAUUUAUGGAGAUUCAAAGAAGAUACCACAGAAGAAGCUGGUCCGACAAUCACCAUUUUUGUAUUCUCACCUGGUGAAAGAGGAAAAAAAAACACAUCUAACAACUAUAGUGACAUUUUUUAAAGUCCAAAAUAGGCAUUUCCGUGAACAAAUAUUUUUUCUCUCUCAGAGAAGAACCACAAAUGCCGAAUGAACGCUGGAUGGCGAGGAUGCCCUUUCCAUCUGAAACACCUGCUGUAUCAUAACGCACUUCAGCCAUCCUGAGUAUGAAAAUAUCUUCAUCUUAUAUCAAUAACAACGCUUAUCAAUACUAAGGGCUAUCCUAACUCGAUAUAGUAUGUGAUAUCUGUGGUACAUAUACGAUGGUAUCUUUCUCUUGAUUUUGUGUUGAUAUUGUCAUGUUGUAUUAAGUAUUAAUGUGUAAAGAAAAAGAUUAACAAGCGCAGUUUAAGAAGCACCAUUCAAGACAAAACUUUUUAAGACAAAACUUUGCACAAAGCUUCCCCCCCCCCCCCCCCCAGAUAUUUGCACCAGAUACAAACAUAGAUGUAUCGAUUUCUUAAGGUUUACAUUCAGUAGAAGCGAGGUUGUGUGACAGGUUAAUGAGAUAUCAAGUGCGAUCUUUUGUUUUUAAAUAGUGAUGAUAGAUGAUAGAGUAAAGGUGAUUAGAGGUGAGCACUAUGACUUUGAAAGAACAAUUUAGUUUGGGUUUGAUCCACCGAGAGGAUAGCCAGAUGUCAUGCUGAUUACAGAAACGCAGAUUUCAUUUGGACAAACUUCCUAUACACAGUGCUAAAUGUAGUUGUUCUGAAUAUGAUGCAGUGUUAUUAUUAAUGAUUAUUAUAACUGUUAUUGUUAUUAUUAACAAUUAUGUUAUGAUGUGAUGUUCUUUUACUCGGUGGGAUUUAAGUGUUUAUGUUUUUAAAUAACUAGCGUUCUCACAAGUAGUUGGUUUUUGUUACAUCUGAUCAUGAAUCCGAGUUUUAAACAGACAUUGUGAAUCUCAACGCAUGCCAGCCACAUUUCAUAACAAGGCAUUGAAGAUGUGCUCAGAUGUAAAGCCAACGAUGGUAACGGCCAAUGUCCAGCGGGAUGAGUAAUGCCUAAACACUGGCCUUAUUAACUUUUUUGUGAUGCUUAGGUUUUCCACUUUGGUACGAAAUUGUCUGUUAAAAAGCACCUAUAUCCAAUGCAUGUGUGUUUAUAAGGUUCUCACAAAGCCAGUGAAGGAUACAGAAUGGGAGUUAGGGCCGGAAAUUAUGAAUAUAGCCUGAUAAAGAGAUAUUAUGAGAUCUCUAUGCCACUGAGCCUGACUGAAUAAAAAUGGGUUAUACACACUACCCAUGAUGCCAUAAUGUAUGUGUGUUUGGAUGAAUGUGGAUAAGCCAGGUUGGACAGACCUUAAUGGUAAUCUGAAUGUUUUGGGUACAGUGUCUUAUUCAGGAAAAUGGAACAGAGAGUGAACAGUAAUAUUAGAUUUGUAUUUUUAAAUAAAGCCACAAAUGGUCUGUAGCAAAGUCUGUAAUAUUACACAAGCCAUAUCCAUCGAGGAGUCAUCAAGAUUUUAUAAAUGGUUAACCUAAUUUGUGCAAGUAUUGUAUUUUGUAUAGCUAGUACAAUCAGAAUAUUUUAAUGAGUUCUCUCUUCAACAUUAAUUUGAAGAUUCAACAUAGAGAUGUGUCCGUAUUUAAUGAAUUGUACAGUGCCAAAUUCAUUACAUUUUUGUUGUCUUUUUAUUGUCAUAGCCUAUUAUGUGGCAAAGGGAUAUGCUUUUUUCAGUAUUGAAAUCUUUAGCGUAGCUCAGACAAAUUAAAUGACUUUCCCGAAUGAAAUUAAUGAAUAUGGUGUAUGUAACUACAUAGCCAUUAUGAAUUCAUUUAUUAUAACAAUUGGUCAUGGUGAGUUUAAUAUUAACCUAUAUUUGACUGGAAAUUGUAAAGAUAGUGUUGGACAUUGUCCCACAAUGAGUAUCAUGAAUCUGUGUUCAUGACUACAACAAUUAAACUAAAUAUUUUGUUAUUUCUGAACGCAUUGAACCCCUUGAUUAUUACAGUGACUUAUAAAUAAUUUGUAUAAUAAAGUUGGUGGAAAACUAC